AUGGAGACAGAGAUGAGCAAAAGCAAGUGGAGCAUCGCCAACGAGCUCCGCCUUGAAGAGAGACCCUGUGAUGUGAUCGUAACAGUUGAUGGAGUGGAAUUCAAAGCUCACAAGCUCAUACUCUCUUGUUGCAGUACCUACUUCAGGCCCCGAGCUGAGGACGGAGAGCCCGGAGGACAAAUCCCCCGGCAGACCUUGGUGGGAGAGGCCGUUUUGAAGGGCUCCCCGGCACAGGAAGGCAGCGGGGAGGAAAAGGGUCGGAGAUCUCCCCGCAGGAGGGGCUCCAAAGCCAGCCCAGGGUGCUGUGAGGAGGAAAGACUCAGCCUGUGCCGGGAAGGCGGCCAGAGUUUGAGCCAGAGCUCGGACCUGGUGGAGCCUGAGCAGCCUCCCAGAAGGGAGAAGCCCUUCAGGUGCUUGGAGUGUGGAAAGAGCUUCAGGAAGAGCUCGCACCUGCUCCGACACCAGCACAUCCACACUGGGGAGAUGCCCUACAAGUGUGGGGAGUGUGGAAAGAGCUUCACCCAGAGCUCUAACUUGACCAGACACCAAGAGACCCACCACAGGGAGAAGCCCGUCCGGUGCUUGGAGUGCGGAAAGAGCUUCAGGAAGAGCACCCACCUGCUCCAACACCAGCACAUCCACAGUGGGAAACGGUCCUACCCAUGUGGGGAAUGUGAAAAGAGCUUCAGGCAGAUCUCCAGCCUGAUCCGACACCAGCGCAUCUCCAGCUCAGAUCACACCAGCUCAGAUCUCCUCAACACUCAGUUUCAUACCAGUUUAGAUCUCCUCCUGCAUGAGCGGAUUCACAUGGAUGAGAGGCCCUUCCACUGCACCGACUGCGGGAAGGGCUUCCAACAGAACCAGAACUCCCACCUCAUCACCCACCGGCGCGUCCACACCGGGGAGAGGCCUUACAAGUGUGGGGAGCUCUGCUGUGUUGAGCUCUAUGUACCCGUCAAACCCUUCCAUCCCAGCAUCCAGUGA